CUAACCAAAUCAGCUGUUCGAGAAAUUAAAAAUCGCUCUUCAUGGCGAUUUGCUAGAUGUCUAAGGCUUUAAUGAUAUUGUAUGGACUUCAACAGCAAGAUUAUUUCGCAUUUUGUUAUUGAAAUCUUAGCCCUGAGUGAUAACCAGUGAAAUGAUUAACGGGAACCACGAUCUGCAGCCUGUGACUGCAGGCGUAGGCCAACCGGCCCAGAUGAUCAACGGAAUGCUGCCGGACUUCCCCAUCAUCACCAUGGCCCCAAACGGUCCUUUCCUCAUCCCCGGCGGUAUUCCCGUCAGCCUGCAUCCUCCUCCCGUGGACUUCUCCUGUACACCCUCCUCCGAAUCCGCCAUUCAGAAGCGCAUCAAUCUCCUGGUCAACGAGGGCCAGACCGACCCGACCGACUGGCAUACACCGCUGGCCUUCACUCAACUGCGCCAUACGGAGCCCAUCGAGGGUUACGAGAAUUCGGUAGAGUCGUGGCGCGUCAAAGAUCGGAUGAAAACCGUCAGUGUGGCGCUGGUGCUGUGCCUGAAUGUUGGUGUUGAUCCACCCGAUGUCUUCAAACCAAAUCCCUGUGCCCGACAAGAAUGCUGGCUAGAUCCAUCGGCGUUGGGAUCGCAGAAAGCUGUGGAAACCAUAGGGAAUGCUCUUCAGAAGCAGUACGAACGCUGGCAGCCUCGGGCACGGUACAAGCAGUCCCUGGAUCCGACCAUUGAAGAUGUCAAGAAGCUCUGUAUCUCCUCACGUAAAAGUUCAAAGGAUGAACGGAUACUGUUCCAUUACAACGGCCACGGAGUGCCGAAACCAACCGCCAAUGGAGAAAUUUGGGUGUUCAAUAAGAAUUACACCCAGUAUCUCCCUCUUUCCGUUUUUGACCUGCAAACUUGGAUGGGUGUUCCUUCCAUCUACGUGUACGAUUGCUGUAAUGCGGGGACCAUUGUGCAGAGUUUUUUGACGUUCGCCGAUUCUCAAGAAGAAGAAUACGAGUUUCAACGGAAAAGCUAUCCCGACAGCGACGAGAUGAGGGAAACACCCCCGCAGUAUCGACAGUGCAUCCACCUUGCGGCAUGUGCGGGUGGAGAGGAGCUGCCGACCAACCCAGACCUUCCGGCUGAUCUGUUCACUGCAUGCCUAACGACGCCGAUCAAAAUGGCGCUGCGCUGGUACACCCUGCAAAAUAAAACCCGACUCCUCCCUGAGAUUACGUUGGACAUGAUUGACAAAAUUCCGGGCCAGAUGAAUGAUCGGCGAACCAUGUUAGGUGAACUAAACUGGAUUUUCACUGCCGUGACCGACACAAUCGCCUGGAAUUCUGUUUCAAGAGAUUUAUUCCACCGACUUUUCCGGCAAGAUUUACUCGUAGCCAGUUUAUUUCGAAAUUUCCUCUUGGCUGAGCGAGUCAUGCGAAGUUAUAACUGCUCGCCGAUAUCGUUUCCAAAUAUGCCACACUCCACGGCGCAACAUUCGAUGUGGGAGACCUGGGAUUUUGCGCUGGAUGCCUGUCUCUGCCAACUUCCAGCGGUGCUGGAAGGCGGCCAGUAUAUGCCGUCAGCUUUCUUUACUGAGCAGCUGACUGCUUUUCAAGUGUGGUUGACGUACGGCAGCGAAGAGCGGUCUCCUCCUGAACAGUUACCGAUAGUUUUACAAGUUUUAUUGAGUCAAAGCCAUCGAUUGCGAGCUCUCGAUUUGUUGGGCCGCUUCGUCGAUCUUGGACCGUGGGCUGUAAACCAAGCGCUUUCCGUUGGAAUAUUUCCGUAUGUGUUAAAGCUCCUGCAAAGUUCUGCGAGAGAGCUUCGGCCUUUACUGGUUUUUAUCUGGGCCAAAAUCCUCGCUGUGGAUGAUACUUGCCAAGGCGAAGUGAUACGCGAGGGUGCUCAUAAGUAUUUUUUCGAUAUUCUAUCGGAUUCCUACUUACCCGUGGAACACCGUACAAUGGCGGCCUUCGUCAUAUCCCGAACUGUCUCGGACAACAUCCCCGGUAAAGAGAUUGCUCUCAAGGAUAAUCUGAUUCCCAUCUGUGAAGAACAGAUCCUGGAGUCGCGCGGGAACCUCCGCCAAUGGGUGGCCAUCUGUCUGGGAAUAUUUUGGACAAAACAUGCGAAUUCCCGGUGGGCGGGUGUCCGCUACGUUGUGUACGAUAAACUUUUCCCGCUGCUGCAUGAUCCCGUCCCGGAAGUCCGAAUAGCGGCUGUGUUUGCCUUGGGAACUUUCAUGGGCAACGAUGAAGAUAGGAGUGAGCACGCUAACGCCAUCGAUUCGGCCAUUGGAAUGCAGUUAGUCAAUGCCUGCGCCAGUGAUGCCAGUCCACUUGUCCGCAUGGAACUGGUAGGAGCGCUGCAGUGGUUGGUGCUGCAUUUUGAGGCACAGUUCACAUCCAUUGCCGCCCAGAUGGAAGAAGAGGAGCGAUCUGUGGAGCAGAGUGGCAUCAAUAUCGCUGCACAAAAAGACGCAGACACAACCGAUAAACGCUCUCCUGAGAAUCACCUAACCACAUCCCAGCAGAUGCGCAAAGCAGCUCCGAAUGUCGGAAUGCAUUCGUUUGGUGGCCCGGUGUUCCAUGGAAAUCUCUUUCGCAACGUCGUUAAAGUGUUAAUGAAUUACGCUCGGGAUCCGUUUCCUGACGUCACCCACGCAGCGAUCGCUGUCCUGCAAGUGAUUAGUGACCGGUAUCGACAGCCCUCACUCCUGGCUUCUAUCAGCCGGUUGGAUUCCCACGACCAUUCCCAACAUUCUAGUCCAAAAAGCUCGUCAGACCUCCUGGAUUCUGUCCCGAGGGAACUGGAAACCAGCCUAAGGAUAAAUACAGUACGGCAAGUUUCCAUCGAAUCGAAGAAAUCAUCGCAUGAACCCACACAACUGACCUAUUCGCAAAAGUAUACGCGAAAACGGGGAAUGUUCGACCCUGGUCCCAGUGAAGAUGAGGAGCUGGAUGAGGAUCAUAAAGUGAAGACCGAAGCGAUUUUCACCACCAGUUUUGUGUCGUGGUGCGGGAAGGCUUUUGCUUUGCCGUUGAUGAAGCCCAGGGAGGAUCAGGAUCCGGCAGCGGCACGCCACUUCCAGAAAGAAUGGAAGUACAUCAGAAACAAAGUGCUUAGAGCAAACUGUGCCAGCGAAAUACAAACUGCCGGAGUGGCUCGCUACGACGUCCAGGCGUUUAUGAACAGAAACCACGAAAUACCCAUUCGAGUGCAAUUCGAUUUAUGUGAACCGUUGCUUUACGUGGCUGGCCGCAGUCACAUAAGCACAUGGAAUUACGAAAAAAACUUCCGCGUUGCGAGUUUUCCUAACGGCCACAGCAGGCAUAACAGGAUAUCGGAUGUGGCUCUUUUGAACAGACACUACAGCCCGUUUAUUCUGGUUGCCGUGGAUGACGGAACGGUAAAAGUCUGGAAGAACAUUGCAUUUCCUGGUGAACGGAAGCAGGAAGAUCUCGUUACCGCCUGGCAGGCGCUGCCUGAGAUUAUUUCUUCACACCGAGCAGUGGGUACCGUGAUUGACUGGGAGCCCAUGAGUCAGCAUUUGAUCGUGGGUGGCGAUGCGAAAUUACUCCGCGUCUGGAACCUGGAAAGCGAGACCAGGAUUGUCGACAUUCCCACCCGGUUGGACAGCAGUGCCAGUAGUAUCUGCAGCGAUUCGACUUCUACGGGGAUAUUCGCGGCGGGUUACCAAGACGGUUCGGUGCGGUUAUACGAUCGCCGGUGCCCUGCAUACGACGCACAGGUUAUGAUCUUCGAUGGACAUGCGUCGUCGGUUGUAUCUACGAAGAUGCCGGAGAAUGUACUGUUCCACAAGAUUUAUUCGGGCAGUGCUGAUGGGGAUGUGAAAGUGUGGGAUGCCCGUGUACCGAAUCAGGUGUCGUCCAAUAAGACAAUACCGGGAAUGACAGCCAUGGAUGUGCACGAGAAGGCCGAAGUGUUUGCCUGCGGAUCGAACGGUCAGAGUUUAAAUGUGUACAAUUUCUUGGGAUCACAGCUGUCCUCGGUGAAGUAUUACGAAGGCUUCAUGGGGCAGCGCAUUGGACCAGUCAGCGCUGUUGCUUUUCAUCCUUUAAGGACCACGUUGGCUGUCGGCUGUACCGACUCAUUUGUUUCCGUGUACACCAGCGCCCUGGAUAAGAAACCCGUCCGUCAGUGAGAGGCUGUACAAAAUAUUUUACUUUUAUCUCUCAUCAUUUUAUUAUCGUAUUGUGCGGUUGUUUGUUGAUGAACUGGUGAUAAAUAUGGCUACUUUGCUCAUAUAUUGGAUAUAAUUUUAUAUAGAAAGAUAUUUUCGCAAUCCGGAAUGUUACGUACUUGUUUCGUGGUGUUGUUUUGCCUGUACCAUAGCUGUUAAGUUUUAUACGUUUUGUGAUCAUGUGGGGAAGAAUUAACCAAUGCUGGAAAUAAUUAAA